AAUCACUCGUCGCAAACAUGGAUGUUGCUCCUCCAUUGAGCCAGGCCUAUGGCUAUGGCAUCGUCGUCGGUCUCGGUUUUCUCUUCUCGCUGGGAAUGAUUCUCACCACAUGGAUUCUCAAGAAAUAUCAAGGUGAGGAACAGACUAGUGAGAUGUUCAGCACUGCCGGGCGCACUGUCAAGUCUGGUCUUGUGUCAUCCGCCGUUGUCUCCUCGUGGACAUGGGCUGCCACGCUACUGCAGUCCUCGGGAGUUGCAUACCGCUAUGGUGUCUCUGGUCCCUUCUGGUACGCAUCCGGUGCCGCUGUCCAGAUCCUUCUUUUCUCAACCCUUGCCAUCGAGCUCAAACGUCGGGCUCCGAAUGCCCAUACCUUUCUCGAAGUCAUCCGAGCUCGCUAUGGACCAAAAACACAUGCCGUAUACAUUAUCUUUGGCCUUAUGACCAACAUCCUCGUCACCGCUAUGCUCCUUACUGGCGGUUCCGCCGUGGUUUUCAGCUUGACGGGAAUGCACCCCGUAGCCGGCUGUUUUUUGCUGCCCUUGGGAGUCAUCCUAUACACCUUGUUCGGUGGUAUAAAAGCCACUUUCCUUACUGAUUAUGUACACACGGUCGUCAUCCUCGUCAUCAUAUUCCUCUUCGCCUUUUCCGCUUACGCUACCGGUGACGUUCUCGGCUCUCCAAGCCGUGUCUACGACCUCCUCAUCGAAGCUUCUGCUGCCCAUCCAGUCGAAGGAAACGCCAAUGGCAGCUAUCUGACCAUGCGUUCCAAGGAUGGAAUCAUCUUCUUCGUCAUCAACAUCGUCGGCAACUUCGGCACCGUCUUCUGUGACAACGGCUACUACAACAAAGCCAUCGCCGCCCACCCGGUAUCAGCUCUACCAGGCUAUAUCAUGGGCGGCCUCUCUUGGUUCGCCAUCCCCUGGCUCUGCUCCACAACAAUGGGCCUUGCAGCUCUCGCAACCGAGUCUUUCCCGUCCUUCCCCACCUACCCAUCUCGCAUGGCUUCCGACGAUGUCACCGCCGGCCUCGUGCUCCCUUACGCCGCCGUCGCCAUCCUCGGCUCAGGCGGCGCCAUUGCCACCCUCAUCCUCAUCUUCAUGGCCGUCACCUCCGCCACCUCCGCCGAGCUGAUCGCCGUGUCCGGCAUCUCGACUUACGACAUCUACCAGACCUACAUCAACCCACUCGCCACCGGCCGCGCCCUCAUCUUCGCCGCCCACAGCUCCGUCAUCGCUUUCGGCCUCGCCAUGGCAGCUUUCUCCACCGGCCUCUACUACGCCGGCAUCUCCAUGGGCUACCUCUACCUUCUCAUGGGUGUCAUCGUCUCCUCGGCCGUCCUCCCCGCCUCGCUCACCCUCCUCUGGCGCAAGCAGAACCGUGCCGCCGCGACCCUGUCUCCGCUGCUCGGCCUGGCAACCAGCCUGGUCGCCUGGCUCGUGACAGCGAAGGCGCAGUACGGUAGUCUUACAGUUGAGAGCACUGGCGCGAACGACCCAAUGCUCGCCGGUAACGUGGCUGCCCUGCUGUCGCCUGCUGUCUACGUCCCUGUCCUCACCUUCCUGCUCGGGCCGGACGACUACGACUGGGCGUCGAUGCGCUGCGGCAUCCGCAAAGCCGAUGACGACACCGACGCGAGCGACUCCGAUCCGGAAAAGAAACUGGCUGCCAUCACUGCGGAUGCAGACGCUGCUGCUGCUGCUAUCGCCACCGCCGCUGAUGAUGACGACGAGCAACGGUUACUGCUGCGCGCGUCGGCUAUCGCAAAGUGGACCACGGUGGCCAUGGCACUGGCGUUUUUGGUUCUCUGGCCGAUGCCGCUGUACGGCUCUGGGUAUGUCUUCAGCAAGCGCUUCUUUACCGGCUGGGUUGUUGUGGGCUUUGUCUGGCUAGGCUGCAGUGCUGCUUGCGUUGGCGUUUUCCCGCUGUGGCAGGGGCGAGGGUCGAUUGCGAGGAUGGCGGAGAGGGUGGUCAGGGAUGUGGUUAGGUUUGGGGGAGCGGGUAAAGUGUCUGGUUCUCUGUGACUUAUGGUUUAUGUGCUACGAAAUAGUAAAUGCUGUGCUUACCUAUAGCAGCUCGGUGGCUAUAACAAGUAAUGAUGCCUUUUUAGAGCCCCGAAGGAUUGACAUUUCAAUGCAAGAGGGCAAAUGCUAAACUUUCCUUUCAGCUCCCCGACUUUCAAAAUAUACUAACCACGGCGUUUUACAGCUGCUACUGUUGCUCCCUCCCCCGGCGCUAAUUUUUUCUCUUCCCAAAGGUCACUUAUUUUAAGUAUCGCAGACACAAGUGCAAGGUUGUUCAAAAUCCGAGGCGGAAUGGAAGUAAUGUGCACUCAAAUUUCCAACUAUCAUACAAGGACUUAGUAUCCGUUGUCCAAGAAGCCCUGCUGUAAGCCU